CCAGGCACUGUCUAGAAACUCUGGGCUGCCUCUCUAGAUUCCUGACAACAUAUAAAGCACACAGAGACACACCGCUUUUGAAGAAGGCUGUUCAGGAGGCUAAGUUCUUAAAAUCUUCAAAAUAUGUAUAGCUGGUUGGCUGGGCUCCACGCUGUUGGGUGACUGUCAUGUUUUUCUUUGGGUCUGAACACCCAUUGUGAUAUCAUCAAAAGUUCCACGCUUCAUAGAGAAAGCUUCUUUAUGACUUCAUCAGGAGACUCAGAGCUUGCGAGACAACUUGUUUUCAUGGUUAGUCACAGUAAUCUUAAGCUUGAACUUUUAACACCUUGAUGGGAAAGGUGUCUCAUGGAAUGUUUUCUCAUCCUUUGAACACUCUUUAUUUCAGAAGCUUUGCUUCUGCUGCAACCAAAUAUGUCACUCAAGGUUCUGAGUAAGAAAGAGAAAGAAAGAGUAAUUCGCAGACUGUUAAUACAAGUUCCUCCAGGGGAAUUUUCAAAUGCCUUUGAUGAUCUCUGUCUGCUUGUCCGUGAUGAAAAACUCAUGAACCAUCAAGGUGAGUGUGCAGGCCACCGGCACUGCCAAAAAUAUUCUGUACCACUCUUCAUCGAUGGAAAUCCAGUCCUCUUGUCUCACCACAAUGUAGUGGGUGACUACCGAUUUUUUGACCAUCAAAGCAAACUUUCUUUCAGAUUCAACCUGCUUCAAAACCAGUUAAAAGAUAUCCAAAGUCACGGUAUCAUUCGGAAUGAGGCGGAAUACCUGAGAACUGUUGUUCUGUGUGCCUUAAAAGUGUAUGUGAAUGAUCACUAUCCAAAAGGAAAUUGCAAUGUGAUGAGAAAAACUAUAAAAAAUAAGGAGUUCUUGAUAGCUUGCAUUGAGAGUCACAACUAUGACACAGAUUGCUGGAAUGGCCUUUGGCAAUCUAAAUGGAUUUUCCAAGUACAUCCAUUUCUAACCCAAGUAACGGGAAGAAUUUUUGUGCAAGCUCACUUCUUUGAAUGUGUCAACUUUCAUGUUGUGAUCUCCAAGGACCUGAAAGAAAGCUUGGAAAUAGUCAACCAAGCUCAGCUGGCUCUAAGUUUUUCGAGGCUUGUGGAGGAGCAAGAGAAUAAAUUUCAAGCUGCAGUAUUUGAGGAAUUACAGGAGUUAUCGAACGAUGUCCUCAGAAAAAUCAUACGAAGAGAUCUUCCAGUGACCCGCACUCUUAUUGACUGGCAGAGGAUACUCUCUGACUUGAGUCUGGUGAUGUAUCCUGAAUUAGGAUAUGUCAUCUACUCAAAAAGCGUGUUAUGCAACUGCAUAAUAUAAACGAUUGCUCCCGGUAAUUAUCUUGACCUGAUUUAGUUGUGUUCCUGGGGAGUGGUUAUUUUCCUAAAGUUGAGAAGCCGCUAGAAAUACCUAUAACUUGACAAUGCAGGUUUAAAUUAGAGAAAAGCGUAGCAAGUAAUUUUUACUCAGGGAAUAUUUACCAAGAAGGCAAAAAAACGGUAAGGUAAAUGUGUUUCAU